GAAAGCUGUAAACUUAUUUCGCCGCUUAAAAUCUGUGGUACCGUUAUUUUCCUAAUUCCCAAACCUAAUUGCCGGCAAAGUGUUUUCUGAUCUCACGCUAUUCCGACGAGCGAACCUCGCACUAUUCCGACAGAUAUAUGGCACCGCCCCGAGAGCUUCAGGGCUUUUACUAUGAUCCUGAGAAGAACAGGUAUUUCCCCAUCAAAGGCCCCAUUCCGGGCUCUUCUUCUAAACCCAAGAACCCUACUCCCAAAGCUCCUCAAACCCCUUCCAAUCAGUUACAGACUGGUAGGAGUUCUUGCAGGAAGCUCAGAAACAGAACCUUGCCGAAGCUGCUUCAGGCUAGAGAGUUGGAGGGUCGCCAUGUCAUUUAUCCUCAUUAUUGCAGAUGUAACUUUGCCGAGGAAUAUGACAAAAUUCAAGCAUCUAAACCUGUGGUCUGGAGAUACCGGGGAACAGAUAAGAUGGGUGUUUGUGCUUUGAAACACUUGCGCGUUGAUCUGCAGACUUUGCAGGGGCAAACUGAAACUGAUGUUUUGUUGACGGGCAGCAUAAAUGGCUCCUUGAGUUUUUCUGAAGUUGGAGGGGUUGGGCAAUAUUUUGAUGAUGGGACAAAAUGGAGAGCAGAUUGUGUGAAGAAUUUUGUUAAAGGGAAAACAUUUGAGCAUGAUGAAAUGCGUAAGCCAGUUUUCAGACCUAAUCGAGCUGCAUUGCUUAUGCCCUCCAGAAUAUCUUGUAUAAGGUUGGGUCCAAAGUGCUCUCCUCAGGCAGAGAAUGAUGGUUCUGUUGCAGGACGUGUUUUAUUUACUACAUUGGGAUCAGAAACGUCAGGUGGAUCGGUUUAUACUCUUGGUCUUGUUGAACCGUUAAAUCUUGGUCCAGGUAUACUGAACACGUGGAGUGGACUUGAGGAAAUUGCUUCUUUUAGAUGUACCCUUUGGACAGCAGAAUAUGAUUAUAAUAGACACCGGGCUGUAAUUGGUACAAGUUUAGGAGGUGCUUCAGUGGAUCUGGAAACCAGGAUGGAAACAUGGUUUUUACGUUGCAAAAGUGAUGUUUUUGCACAACAAAUUAUUAAUUCUGGAAAUGUGAUUUUAUGUGGGCUUAGAAAUGGGGCCAUUGUCACUGCAGAUUUUCGUGAGAAAAGAGAAAGUCUUUCUGAUAGACUUAUUAGCCAUCGGAUACCAUAUAGUUCAAGCAUUGGAGGUUGUAAAAAGGAAUGGUUCAAGCUCAAAGGGGACAUAUUUCCUUCCCACACAAUUAGGAUGCCUUCAUCUAUAUCUUCUUUGGUGUCACUUCAGUUUGAUGAGCAGUACUUUCUAGCUAGCGCAAUGGAUGGAUCGAUUAGGCUAUAUGAUCAUCGUCUACUUCAGAGGGGUGCUGUUCAAAGUUAUGAAGGGCAUGUAAAUUCUCAUACUCGUAUACAACUUGGUGUCGACCCAACUGAGAGAUUUGUUACGUCAGGUGGAGAGGAUUGCAAACUACGGUCAUGGAGUCUCAAGUCUGGUGAAUUGCUUUUUGAGGAGAAGUUCUCUGAUUCAAUUGUCUCCACUAUGUGCUAUAAAACAUACAGUAGUUGUAAAGCAGAAGAGGAAAACCAAUACAAGCGUGACUCCUCUCAUGGUGCAUGGCUUGGAUCACAUGAAGGACUGUUUUAUAUGCGCUGGUUAUGAGUGUGAAUGGUUCUGCAUCUGCAGGUACAUAACCUGAAGCUUUUGCUGAGCUACCCUAUGCUCACGUGACCGAGAAAACACGUGAUCAAAAUUUGGAGCUCAUUUCUAAGAGAAUCUCUGAUAAAGGCUCUUUGGGAAUUAAAGCUGAUACUAUUAGCAGCAAUCACAUAGCAGAGAUGGCCAAUGCUUUUUAGAACAGACUAGGAAAGAUAAGCCAAAAAGAAAAAGAAAAGCAUUGUGCUGCUAAUGGCUUUUUAGCACCAAAAGUUUCUAGUUGACGUUGUGCCUCUACUUUGAGAACCAUCAUAUGCAGGCCAGCCUUAGUAGAGAUAGUGGCCGACAUGGUUUUGUUAAUUAGUGGUUAAAAACUUUCAAUAUUUAUUUUGCUUUUAGAAAUUGAAAUCAAAUGGCUUCAAUAAAUUCUGCGAACUUUAUUCAAAUAAAAUGUAAUAACGAUGUUAUUUGUUUUUA